AUGCCCGCUGUAAAGCUGAGAGUACCCAUCAUCCCCAGUUACUUGUACAGCAUCAAGCAUGAGAAAAAUUCGACAGAAAUCCAGACUGGCAAGCCAGUGCUCACACCCACGACCACAGGUAGCUUUGAGAGCAUCUUCUCCUAUUACGACAACUCCAUUAUGGUCACCAGGAACGCCACUGGAGGUUCCCAGUCGAGACAGCUGCAUAAGACCACCACUGAGCAAAUGGUGACCAACUCGACCACCACCCCUUCCGACUGCCCCAGGGAAGACAAAGACCUCCUGAAUGAAAACGUGCAGGUGGGCCUGCUGUUUGCUUCUAAAGCCACGGUCCAGCUCCUCACCAACCCUUUCAUAGGAAUGCUGACCAACAGAAUCGGCUACCCGAUUCCGAUGUUUGCAGGAUUCUGCAUCAUGUUUAUCUCAACCGUUAUGUUUGCCUUCUCCAGCACCUACACCAUGCUGCUCCUCGCCAGGUCCCUCCAGGGCAUCGGCUCCUCCUGCUCCUCCGUGGCUGGGAUGGGCAUGCUUGCCAGCGUGUACACCGAUGACCAGGAGAGAGGCAACGUCAUGGGGCUUGCCCUGGGAGGCCUGGCCAUGGGCGUCUUAGUGGGCCCCACCUUUGGGAGCGUGCUCUAUGAAUUCGUGGGGAAGACGGCGCCCUUCCUGGUGCUGGCUGCCUUGAUUCUCUUGGACGGAGCUAUUCAGAUCUUGGUGCUUCAGCCGUCCCGGGUGCAGCCAGAGAGUCAGAAGGGGACCCCGAUAACCGCCCUGUUGAGGGACCCAUACAUCCUCAUCGCUGCAGGGUCCAUCUGCUUUGCAAACAUGGCGAUCGCCAUGCUGGAGCCGGCCCUGCCCAUCUGGAUGAUGGAGACCAUGUGUUCCCACAAAUGGCAGCUGGGCGUUGCUUUCUUGCCAGCCAGUGUCUCUUAUCUCAUCGGGACCAAUAUUUUUGGGAUACUCGCUCACAAAAUGGGGAGGUGGCUCUGUGCUCUGCUAGGGAUGGUCAUUGUCGGAAUCAGCAUUUUAUGCGUGAAGUUUCGGACACAGCUCCGUGACCUUCAGCACGUGCGGGGUUCCUACCAGUUUGCUCUAGACUGCUUCCUGUCUACAGGGAUGGUGGACUCAUCCAUGAUGCCCAUCAUGGGCUACCUGGUGGACCUUCGGCACGUGUCCGUCUAUGGGAGCGUGUAUGCUAUAGCGGAUGUGGCCUUCUGUAUGGGAUACGCCAUAGGUCCUUCUGCUGGUGGGGCCAUCGCCAAGACAAUUGGAUUUCCGUGGCUCAUGACAAUUAUUGGAAUUGUUAAUAUUCUUUUUGCUCCUCUCUGCUUUUUCCUUCGAAGUCCACCUGCCAAGGAAGAGAAAAUGGCUAUCCUCAUGGACCACAACUGCCCCAUUAAAACAAAAAUGUACACCCAGAACAACAUCCAAUCAUAUCCAAUAGGUGACGACGAAGAAUCUGAAAGUGACUGAGCACCUCCAAAGUCAUCAAAGUAUUGUGUCCAACAGUGUUUCCAAUGAAGUGACUUGCCUAACCUGUCGUAGUCAUGUAAUGCUGCCCAUCCCUUGUCAGAGUACAGAAACCAAAGGUCACGAUUUUUUCCCCAUGCUUACAUCGAUUGCCAACAGCCUUAUAAAGAAAACGCUUUUUCUAUGGGUUUGUACAAGUAGUGUUGAAAACUUUAUUUCAUGGAUUUGAUGUUAUUAAAUAUUGUACAAUAUAUUUUAAUGAAACAGGUAUAAUGUAAAUCUUUAAGUAUUUGAAUCCAAAUCAAAUAUAAUUUUUAAACUUAUAUUCAUGAGCGCUUGGC